UAUCUUCAGUCCGGUGCUAGCGUUGUAGUAAAUAUACACACAACGAACGAAUUGAUAAAGGUUUUUCUCUUUAGCCGAGACGCUUAUAGUGUUUAAUUAAUUUAUGGAUAUAUUGUGAAUUGUAUGUAUAGGGUUAUAUAGAUUAGAAUGUCAUUGAUACACCUCCGAUAAUUGUGAUAAAAUUACUAUUGUGACUAAGCAGACUACACUAAAAAGUAUGGAUGAAAAUAAAUCAAAUGGCUUGCUAUCAUCAAGCUCUAAAUCACUUGAAGCCAAUAUUUUGAAUUUGCCAUGGGAAGUAAUGCAGUACAUUUUUUGUCUUCUUGAUGGCAAAAGUUUGAUAAUGUGUAAACGUGUUUCCAAAUCUUGGAAAGAGCACGUUCAUUAUUUAGAAAAGAAAGUAUUAUAUUGGUAUAACCAUUGCAACAAAGAAAUUCCAGCUGGAGCACAAUUUGAUCUUCUAGAUCAUAUCUACCCUUGUCAUUGGGAGAACCAAAACUGUGUCAACUGGAAAAUAAUCUACAAGUCAUGGUGUUUUUGGGAAAAUCUAAAAAGUGUGUUGCGGUAUGCCUCUGUGGAAAAAUUUGUUAGUGGAUUGAAUGGUAUUUCUGCUAUGAAAGUUUCAGAUUACAUUUAAAAGCUGAAUUCCUAUGCUAUGCUGAUACCAGAAUGUUUUAUGUAGGAGAAUGGCUGCUAAUGAGUACAUGUCAUGGCGGAGGCAAACUGAUUGCAAAGAACUUGAGCAAUCACAUAAUGCUGGAUGUGUAUGUGGGCACUAGACCUAUUGUAGGUUUUGAUUUGGUUAUAUCACACAGAGAAUGUGUGUCAAAUGUGAGAAACUUAGGAGUUCUUGAGGACUUUUUCAACACACUGAAACACAAUGAAAUUUGGUUAGACAUGAAAGAUUGUUAUGUCCAGAUAGGAAAAACAUAUUGCCAUAUGGUGGAUAAAGUGAGACAAAAAAUAAGGCAUUCUUAUGGGUACGAGGUAAAGCUUAUAAAUGAAGGUCCCAAUUCAGUUUUGUACUUAAACAAAACAUGUAGCAGAGUGAAGGGCCCUGAUGUGAUGGAGUUGGAACUCUGUAGCCAAUACGGUAGUAUUGUGGAUUUUUGGCAAAACAAGAUAACUGUACGUGAUGAUAGUCAAAUGUCAAAAAUUGACACUUUUACCAUCAACAUGAAAAGACAGGAGUUGUUUGAGAACUUGACAAUGCCAAUAUACAAGUCACCACAAGACUUUGGAAGAGUUUACACCUGGCAUGGGUUAUUCUUCACUAAUUACUCAUAUAGCCGAAUUCUGUUUUUCCAAACAGAGAGAGACAUGUUUAGAAUAAUACCUUCAAUAAAAAUGGGCUGUAUUACUGCAGUCCUAUACUACUCCACAUAUCUAUUCCUGGGCACUGACAGAGGGCAGUUGAUGAUAUACAGGGUCAAAGACCUAGAGAGAGAGAGUGAGUGGAUCGUAGCCGAGCCUGACCCUGCCUUUAAUAGUUUGAUUGAAGUUGGAUGUAAGAUUGUCGAAAUAGCAGUAGUUGAACCAUCUCGCCACACUGAAAACAAACCCAUGAUCAUAUGUGCCUCCCCUGAAGACGUCUACUUGAUUUCAUUCCAAAAACUCUAAAAAUGGGAGGAAGAAGUAUCAGGGGCAUCACAACAAAGAAAGUUGGAAAACAAAUUUUACCUACUAGAUUUUUAUUUUUAAAAUAAAAAAGUGUACUUUAGAUCAUUUGAAGGAGGGUAUUAAAAUCAUUCAAUUUUUGGUGAAUAAUUCAUCUUUUAUGUUAAACAUAUAAUUUUAUUGUUUUAAACUGUUUUUGUUUACAGAGUUAUAGUUGUGAAAUGAUAAUACUUUGUCAGAUAUAAGUGUAGUAGCAAUAAUUAUUAAUUCUGUACCUGUCAAAUGUAUAUUAAGAUUUAAUCUUACUAGUACUAAGUUUUAAGCAAAAAAUUACAUAAGGCUUUGUGGUUUAUGUAAGUUAACUUAUUUGCUGUGUUUAAUUGAAGUAUGUAUGUGAUACUGUAUGAUAAACAUCUCUGUAAUCUAAUCUCACAUAUAGGCAUCUCAUAUAUUAAGUUAUCAGAAAAUAACUUUACAAAAAUAACAUUGAUGUUAGACAGUAAUGUUAGAUUAAUAGAAAACUUUCAAAACAAUAUAAAAAUAUAUUGAUGUUACCAGUUCAUUAUUUAUUAGAAAACUUUAAAACAAUGUUCAAUAAGUGUUAAACCUGAUUAUUUUGUAAGUCUCUAAUAUUUUUAUCCCUGUCACUCAUUAAAAUUAGCAUUUCUUUACAACACUAAAUUUGUAUUAGAUAAUAAUAAUGUGUAUUAGUUGUUUAGUUCUGUUUAAUUGUAAUAUUAAACUUAAAACUUAAAAUAAAUGUCUUUACGGAAUUA